GCAGCGGGGAUGCGGGCGAGCAGACAGUCGCCCCGAGAGGACCAUGCGAGGAGCAGCCAUCCCCACGCCCAGGCUGCACAACAUGCCAGGCAUGUUCUUCUCGGCUCCUCAGAAAGGCACAGAUCAUUCGCUUCUGGACGACAAGACCCAGAAGAGGAGGCCCAGGACCUUCGGGAUGGACGUGAAGGCGUACCUGAGAUCUAUGAUCCCACAUCUGGAGUCUGGGAUGAAACCGUCCAGGUCCAAGGACAUGCUGUGUGCUGAUGAAGUGCUGCAGUGGUCUCAGUCCCUGGAGAAACUUCUUGCCACCCGAGCUGGUCAAGAUGUCUUCAGAAGUUUCCUGAAGUCUGAGUUCAGCGAGGAGAACAUUGAGUUCUGGUUGGCUUGCGAAGAUUAUAAAAAAACCGAGUCUGAUCUCCUGCAUUGCAAGGCAGAGAAAAUAUACAAAGCCUUCGUGCAUUCAGACGCUGCUAAACAAAUCAACAUUGACUUUCACACUCGAGAAUCUACGGCCAAGAAGGUCAAAGCCCCAACCCCCGCGAGUUUUGACGAAGCCCAGAAGAUCGUGUACACCCUCAUGGAGAAGGACUCGUACCCCAGGUUCCUCAAGUCCAACAUAUACCUAAAUCUCCUCAAUGACCUGCAAGCGAACAGUCUAAAGUGACCAUUUCCCGGCCGGAGGGAAUUACGGAUGGUAUCAAAUACCCAGAAGGAAUGCUCCCGCAUGGCUCCCUGGGUGAGCAACGUGGCCUUUGGGGGUGACUGGACAGGCCCGGGGAAAGAGGAAAGCACUCGCAAUGGAUUAACGUGGACGCUAUCCAGGCCCUGGUGGAAAAUGAGAGACGGUGGAAGGAAAGAGGCACCUUGGUACUGUCGUAAAAUAGAGUGAUUUAAUGGACUAGCAAACUGCCCAGAACUGACCAGGCUGGGUUAUUCCAGCUACACAGAAACUGUGAACAAAGGCUGGAAACCGAUUAAGACAUGCUAUAAGCUCCAAGGUCAAUGGACUUCUAUGCUGCCUAUUAUUCUAUAGAGACUGUCUUGAGCUGCUGAAAUCUCUUUCAUUUGGGUGACUGUUGGGAAAGUAUGUGUUUUGAGGUCACCACUGACAAAGCGGUGUUGGCGUUGUCUUGUUGUUCGAUUGCUUUGGGCUUGAAAGAGAUGAAGAAAACAAUUAUGUAUUUAAUUUAAGCUAUUGCUCUUAAAACUGGGAAGUCAGGAUAAUAUUUGUCAAUUAAAUUAUCAAGUGUCCAUAAUAAAUGUGUUUUGUAUUAAAAUACA